GAACGUCGAUGGUCGCCGCCGAUUUUUUCACGCUUGAGAAGAAGUGAUUCCGCGGAGCGCAGGACCGUGCGCCCACGCCGAAGUUGACCGCGUCGAGGGAAGCGAGCUCGGGUAAAUCGUUUGGCGACCGCGGCCUCUUUGAGUGCGAACGUUGCGCGCGGUUCACAAAUCGUGCUUUGGUGGCGUUUGUUUCACCCGCCGGUGCCAUUGUUGUUUUGGGACCGAGGCGGCGAAAAGACGGAGGGAGACACCCAGCUAACAGCCGACGCUACCAAGCCAGGGGGGUCCGUGCGAUGGCGGGCGACGAGGCUCUCGGACCGUGAAGCAUGUGUCCUGCCCACCCGCCCGGACACGGCUGUGCCUCGGCAGCGACUCGACCCCUGGAGGCCGGCGCGCACGGAUGAGCCGGGACCCGAGCAGGACGCGUGACCUACACUUUCUCCGAGACUCACAAGACGCUCAAAUCCGUCUCCACAAUGUCCGUCUCCACGGUAUUAGCAAAGGCGCUGUUCGACAACACGGCAGAGAGCCCGGAGGAGCUGGCUUUCCGGAAAGGUGACAUCCUGAUGGUCCUUGAGCAGGAGCAGGGCGGUGGGCCGGGCUGGUGGCUCUGCUCCCUGCACGGGAGACAGGGCAUUGCCCCUGCCAACCGCCUCCGUCUCCUCCAGACCGCCCAGCCGCCUGGCACAGACCUCCGUCGGGGCCCCAGCGAGGACUCCGUUUACCUGUCGCCCGGUCCCGCACUGGCCCGGUCUGCUGAGGACAUAGACGGAGUGUAUCGCUCGCCACCAGGCAUUGGGGAGGGCAGAGGAGUGGCGAUUGCCUCGAGGCCCGGGGAGCUCCGCCGAGUUGAGGGCGGGCGCCCGCGCUCUCACUCCAGCUCUGGCACCCGGCCCAGGCCUGACUGGGAUAUUGGCGUUGCGGGGCGUCCACGCUCACCUUCGCUGAGGGGACGGGGUACAGAAACGUCAGGCGCACUUUAUCAGACUCCAGCGAGUCCCCUGCCAUCAGUAGCUCAGCUUGCCAGGCAGCCUGGAGCUCUCGUGGCUUCAGAGUCGGUGUACCUGUCCCCCAGUGGAGCACCGCGGGCAGCUGACGAGCCAGAGGACACUACAUAUUUAGUCCCUAGAGAAACACUAACAACAGGACAGGACGAGUGUUACUUGGUACCCAAAGGUACACCACUCGCAGGUGAUGAUGUUUACCAAUCCCCAACAGGCGGAGUUGUGGCUACCGCCAUCUGCUCUAACGGCCCCGCAAUAGUCAACGGGCCAAAUGGCACUCCCCAGUCCAAAGUAAGCCAGGACACACCUGGGAUGUACCAGACACCCACCCAGGUGGGAGCCGGCCUUCACAGGACUUCAGCCACAGUUUUGGCCCACCAGCACCCAUCUCAGUUAUCCCCCGCUCAGGCACCUCACAGACUCAAGGGCGCUCCGCCCAACCCUGCUCUUGCCAGGGGCAAACCUGGCCUCGCCUGUCACCGGGGAUCCCCCUUGCUGGUCAGAGCAGGGCAGGUCCGGGUUCCCGGCUCACCAAACUUUGCCCGCAAACCUCCUCCGCCGGCGCCUCCGGUGAGGGGGGUCACCAGGAAGGACGCGCAACAAGCGGCGCCAACACCUGCCGAUUCCAAGCAAGAGGAUGACAAACAGAAGGAAAAUGCUCAGGUUAAGGAUGAACGGAUGAGUAAUGGGCUGGAGAAAAGCGGCAGUGUGCUCAACAAAAAGGGGGAAAAUCCGGAUUACUCUGAUUCUGUGGACGACCAGGUGUACGAUACCCCUCCCAGUGGCAGGUGGCAGCGUCCAGUCCCAUCUGCCCUUGGUGGUGAUGAUGAUGAGGAUGAGGAUGGCAUCUAUGACACCCCUCGCUGUGUCCCACCACAAGCCGACUCUGAGACAGAGGUCUACGAUGUCCCCACAAUCACUCUGAAUUUGUCGACGUCAGACGUCCAUCUCGACGAGGUCGACGACGAAGUCUACAGCGUCCCCACUCUUCCGGGUGUGCCGCUGGGACCGGGAGAGUCCACCGGCAGCCUCUCCGGUGAGGACGUUGUCCAGGUUGGACAAGUCUACCGUGUGCCCGGACCCGAGAAGCGAGUCAGCAGCGGCGAUCACAACCGAGACUCCUCUGAGCCCGACUGUGGCAUCUACGACAUGCCUGCUCUGACCAUCGAGGUCCUCCCUCACUCUUCCUCGUCCUCCUCCACCUCCACCCGCCGCCUCUCGUGCUCGAGCAACGGCUCGGGCGAUGUGCAGUGGAGGGCGUCGCUCUCCAGCCUCGUCCACUCGGUGCUGAGCGCAGCCUCCGGCCCGGCCUCUGCUCUGUCGUCGCGAGACCUGGCCACUUCGCUGGCGGACAUCUUGUCCACCUGGAAAGCCAGCCAUUCGGGCGAUCCGCCACCGCCUCUUCAGCAGGCCUGGGCUCGCCUGUCGGACCUGCUGCCGGCGUUAGCCGCCAUCGGCAACGCCCCUCCAUCUGAGGGGCUCUUGUCGCUGGUGCAGCGGUCCCUUGAGGAAAGCGCCCUCCUCUUGCAGGCUCAGGGCCGGCCGCGUCUACCUUCCCAAGAAUCCCUAUCCCGCAGGCCACUGCCUGCGCUCCCGGUGCCCGAUGGGAAGUCGUCUGGAGGCGGGAUGGGCUCUCGCAAAGGUAGCUGGAUCCAGGAGAGGCCCUUGCCCCCGACCCCUCAGCCCGCCUUCCCCUUGACUCAUGCUCCACCAACUGUAACUCUCACCGUGGGCCCUGUUGACGGAGAAGACGAUCCCAGCAACGAGUAUGCUGGUAUCGGCUUGACUCCCAUCCCGGCCCCGGUACCUACUGGAGACAGCGUUGGAUACGUCAAACUGCAGGGUAAACCCGAUCCGCCGCCUGACGUCCUGGUUGAGAACGGACAAAUACAAACUAUCACAGCAGAGCAGAGGUUGACUCCAUCCCCUCCGCUGCCGGUGUCCCUGUCGCUGGAGGACUCGGAGCUGCUGUCCUUCUACUCCUCCCAGAGCCUCGCCCACCUCUCCUGCCUGGCGGACGCCAUCGACGUGCUCUUCAGCAGCGUGCAGGGGAACCAGCCUCCCCGCAUCUUCGUCGCCAGGGGGAAGAGUCUCAUAGUGACGGCGCACAAGCUGGUGUUCAUCGGGGACACACUCUCCCGCCUUCUCACCUCUGCCGACCUCCGCGCCAAGAUCACAACCUCGGGCGGCCGACUCUGCCAAGCCCUGAAGUCAGUUGUGGUGGCAACGAAGGGCGCCGCACAAAACUACCCCUCGGUAUCCGCCACCCAGGAGAUGGUGGACCGCGUAGCCGAGCUUUCCCAGCAAGCGGCCGGCUUCUCCACUCUGCUGCAGCGUCUGGCUGAAAUCUCCUCGUGAUAUUUCAUAUCACUUGUGUAAAAAAAACAAACUAAAAAACUUUGUAUACACUACACAUAUAUAUUUUCCUCUCUCUGAAAUGCCUUAUUUGUUGGUAGACGCUUUCAUUACCUUUCCCUUUGAAUGAAACGAGUGAAGUUGAAUCCUGAAACGAGUUGUUACUACGCUGGGUUUUUUGACUUCGCUGGUCCUGUCCUCCAAUCAUGUGCUGGUUUUCCUCUGUUUAUAUGCCGACCUCUGUGCUUUGUUGCUGGGCACACUUGUCUUAUUUUGAGUGUUAACUUAUUGAAUAUUUGAAAGGCCCGUUGGGGCUUUGACUGCUUAUCUUGGGAGCUUUACUUAUUAUGUAUGCCGUACCCCCCCCCCCCCCCCCCCCCCACAUCUCACAUGAUAGCCAUUUUCCUUCCUUCCUCUAUUUAUUUAGCCAUCCCCCGCUGUUCCAAAAAUAGCACAGAAGCAGCAGGCCUUGCAUCCUGGUUCUGGCCUACUUUUUUACUGUGACCACCUGAAAGGCCCUCGUGAUUUUCAUUCUGAAACUGUGGUGUUUAGCAGGUGUUUUCGGGGCUUAAAAUGGGAGAAAUUGGAAUAGGAUGAGAAGUAGGAGUAGGACGUCUGCCCGACCUUCCAUCCAUAAUCUGUGCAAGUGUGUGUUGUUUGUUUAGUGCCAAUUUCCACUAGCAACAACAGAGUAUCUGCGGUACAGUUUUAUUAUCCCUUCGUUGAGAUCUAUGAGACACACCUCUUAAAAUAUAUGUUCGGUGUGCAUUCACGCAGUCUGUCUCGCGUCAUGACGGAGAAUUCUGAAACGUCCCGUCUGACAGAGAUGAUAGCUAAUAAUUAAUGCAAUGAUGAGUCGCGUUGCCUAAUCCUCUUCUUUCCCACAGUCAUGUGAUAAUCUGGCCGUGGAUGAGAAACCUGUUGACCGAGAUUACCAGUCACCACAUGUUCUGUUUUGAUCUGCAUUGUUUUUAUGUUUGUUUGACUUUCUUUGCUUUUUUAAAUUUCAUAUUUCCCGUAAGACGCUUGUCAAGAGCUUUUGCUGUAAGGAGUACAGUAGAAACUAUGGUUGGCUAUCCUGUUAUACAUAAUUUAUUAGGGAACAAUAGCAUUAUGGUGGAACCCGGUUCCGCAUGACAUUUGUCACAUUGACACUGCGAAUCUCAACUGUUCUCGGUUUCAUCCUCGUGGGUGCUCUUCAAAGUUUGAUCAUACUUUUUUUAGGGGGAAAUAUCUUCUGUUUCAUACAUCAGAUUACAUAACACCCGUAUCAACAGGGCAUUGAAUCAUUAGUUGGUGAUGAAUGGCUCAGUUUAGGUCACACUUUGUUUUUCAGCCUGCUGUUACAUGUUCUCCUCUGCAGCGCCACCUUGUGGAGGUUUUGAAGUGUUACUUAAUGGAUACCUCCCCUGCCAAAACACUACUAUUCUUCUGUACGUAUGAUGAGAGCAUGAAGAGCAAGUAACCGUUAGCUAUAUAUUUAUUUUGAUCAUGUUCUUUGCUUUCCAGUUUGCAUGGCUUUAACUUGCUUGGGUUUUUAUAUAUGCACAUCCCCCACCAGGUUGGUUUUUUAAAACCAUCAAUAUUUUGGGGUUGUUUUUUUGAAACAUCUUCAGUUACGGUUAAAUAAAGAUGGCUGUAUUUUCUUUUGUACAAAAAACGUUGUUUUUCUUGUUUUUUUACACUACGUAAACUUGACUUUUCUUCCACAGUACAACAGACCUAAACUCCCUUUACUUUUACACUACAUUGGAUGUUUGUCUUGUAUGAUCAGAAUGCACAAAUACAACUUUUGCUAUUAAACAAAUCUGUUUUUGGGA